GAGGGACGAGGCGGGCGCACGGCUGCGCCAGGUGCUUCAAGGGCAUGAAAAAGCCCACACCAUGGUAGCACUGAUGAAAGUGUAUCAAGAGGAAGAUGAAGCAUACCAGGAAUUCGUUACCGUGGCAACCAUGUUCUUCCAGUAUUUACUGCAGCCAUUCAGGGAUAUGCGAGAACUUGCAACUUCAUGUAAGCUUGCUAUUUUGAAGUCCUUGGAUGAGGACGAUCUGGGUCCCAAAAGGAUAGCUGCCCUGCAGAAGGAAGCCCAGGAAUGGACCAGACGGGCUGAAGAAGCUGUCGUCUCUAUUCAACAUAUUACAGUCAAUUAUUUUGAAGAAACAGUAAAGGCAUUAGCAGGAAUGCAGAAACAAAUGGAACAGGAUGAGAAGAGAUUUGGCCAGGCUGCCUGGGCCACAGCGACUCCCAGGUUAGAAAAACUCAAGCUGAUGUUAGCCCGGGAGACUCUGCAACUCAUGAGGGCCAAAGAAUUGUGUUUAAAUCACAGAAGAGCUGAAAUUCAGGGAAAGAUGGAAGAUCUUCCAGAACAAGAAAAAAGAAUAAAUGUUGUAGAUGGAUUAGAAAUACAAUACUAUGAAGUGCAAUUAGAACUAUACGAGGUUAAAUUCGAGAUAUUAAAAUAUGAAGAAAUACUGCUUGUUACACAGUUGGACUCUAUUAAAAGACUUAUAAAAGAUAAACAGGAUGAGGUUGUCUAUUACGAUCCGUGUGAAAGUCCAGAGGAACUUAAAGCCGUUGAUCAUGUCCUGGGGCUGCAGGAUGAUAAGAGUUUGGAGGUGAAGGAACUCAGCCGGCGGUGCCAGCAGCUGGAGUCUAAGCGGGGCAGGAUCUGUGCCAGAAGAGCCUAUCUCAGGAACAGAAAGGAUCGAUGCAAAGAGAAUCAUCGACUCAGACUGCAACAGGCUGAAGAAAGUAUAAAAAAUUUUCAUCAGCAUCAUAUUGUUCAGAGGAAAAGAGACAAGAAAAAAGAGGAGGAGCAAAAGAAAAAAGAAUGGAUAAACCAAGAACGCCAAAAAACACUCCAGCGAUUGAGAGCAUUUAAAGAGAGAUGUCCAGGUCAGUCUGUAUUAAAGACCUCUCGCUUACAACCUGUAGCUCCAAAGCUGCCAGGUGGACUUCCCCAGCAGACAUCCUCGCUGACGUCUCAGACGACAGCAGCAGUCAUUCAUCCGUCCUCCAGGAAAACCGGAAAUGCUCCCUUAUCUGAAGUUAGUAAUGGGACAACUCCUGAGCGUGAAGACUGUGCUAGAAACAUCCCUGUCCAGACUUUUGUUCCAACUGGUGACCAAACACACCCCAGAUCCAGUGAGCAGUUGUCACUGUCACCACCACCACCUCCUCCUCCACCUCCUCCUCCACCACCACCACCACCACCGCCACCACCGCCGCCCCUCCCUGCUCAGCCCUUUUCUUCUCAAUCUGCACGUCAUCGGAAUUUACACUUCAGGACUUCAGAUCAGCCACUUCCUCUAGUGUGUGGAUUGCCUCCUGAGAGCCCGCCUGGUUCCUCAGACAGUUUUACCUGCCCAGGAUCCAUGGAUGAAGUGCUGGCCUCCUUACGGCAGAGCAGAGCCCCUCCCCAGAGGGCGCAAGCACCUGCCCCGUCCCCGCCCCGCGCCCCAGUCAACGAGCACAUUCUGGCUGCCAUAAGGCAGGGGGUCAAACUGAAGAAAGUGCACCCUGACGUUGGCCGGAGCUCCAGCAACAAAGCAACCAGCGACCUAGAGAAGAGCAUCAAGGCGGCGCUCCAGAGAAUCAAGAGAGUGUCUGCUGACUCGGAGGAGGAGGAAGGAGAGGACGAUGGCAACGAGCAGAACCCCGGCGAGUGGGACCACUAGUCUCUUCUCCAGGGCCCCAGGCCCUUCUGGGAAAGCCUAUGAAAGGGGUGCUGGUAGACUGGCCACCUAACACCCCAAAAGAUCAGCAGGGCUCUGUGUGUGACGCUGCUGCUGUGUUUAACACCGCGGCUCUUAAAGUCAGGGAAGGAAGCAGAGAUGUGGAGACUCUCACACGCCAAACUGGAGCUGGGAUCUAAGAAGCCACAGUGAGCACCGCUGGCACAAGAAAGUGGUAUUUAUUGUUCACCGUGGAUAGUCUAGAAUCAUUCCCUUAUUCUGAAAAACGUUUAUACUACUGUGGUAAACAGCACUACUGACCGUUCCUUUCAAGUGUGUGUAGCGGUUUCCUUGGAUUUAAAGGUUUGAAUGUGAACGUUAUUUUAACAAUUAUCAGAAUAAAUUGCUUAUAAGCAGGAA